AUGGAGUCGGGCGCACUUGUGACCGACGAGAUUGUCGUCGGUAUCAUUAAGGACGCCAUCAAGAGUUCGGAAGACCGUCUUGGAUUUAUUCUUGACGACUUUCCGCGAACGGUCGUGCAGGCCAAAAAGCUCGACGUGAUGUUGACAAGGAAAAACACCUCGGUGGAUGCUGUGGUGAUAUUUAACGUGCCGGACAAAGUGCUGGUUGAACGCAUUGCAGGUCAACGCGUGCACUUGGCUUGUGGCCACAGUAACCAUGCCAAGUUUGCUCCGGCGAAUGUGGACGGUAAGGUUGACAUUACGGGCGAGCCGUUAUUUCAGCGCAAGGACGACAAUGAAGCCACGCGUGGCUUGCGUCUGGAGGAUUUUUACAAGCAGACGAAGCCCGUAAUUGUCUUUUACCGUGAGCAGGGUAAACUGGUGGAAGUAAAUGCUCACACGGAAUUGCAUUAG